AUGUCGAGAAUUGGAGAUGGAUUUGGAGAACUUUCUGGAAAUGAUAAUUAUACAUUUAUCGAUUCGAAUGGCGAUAUUUUGGUGAUUGAGAAGAGAGGUGAGAUUUGUUUUCGGAAAAUUUAACAAUUCUGAAAUAUUUUUUUUUAUUUUUGAAAAAACUCGGGCCGAUUUUUUUUGAAAAACUCGAGCCGAUUUUUUUUUUUGAAAAACUUGGACCGAUUUUUUUUUUGAAAAACUUGGACCGAUUUUUUUUUUGAAAAACUCGGGCCGAUUUUUUUUUGAAAAACUCGGGCCGAUUUGUUUUGAAAAACUCGGGCCGAUUUUUUUGAAAAACUUGGACCGAUUUUUUUUGAAAAACUCGGGUCGAUUUUUUUUGAAAAAACUCGGGCCGAUUUUUUUUGAAAAAACUCGGACCGAUUUUUUUUUUUGAAAAACUCGGGCCGAAACUCGGCCCCAUUGAAAAAUGCGGUAGAAAAUUAUUGAAUACAAAAUUUUGGAAGCUUUCCAAAAAAUGUUAUAAUUUUUGAAUUGUUUUAACUGAAAGUCAAUUUUUUUAAGAAAAAAAUCGGAAUUUAGAAAAAAUCAACAAAAUGUAUUUCAAUCAGAACCAAAAUUUACUAAUUUCUAAAAACUUCAGCAAAUUUAAUUUUAAAAAAAUCUUCAAUUUGCAGCCCACAAUCAACCAAACUACAACAAUCCAAGCGAUGAAUCAAAUUACGCACCAAAUAAACGUGCUGCUUUCAUCGGUUCAAAUGUUCUCAAAUUCUCAAUCGAAUCUCAAACUUGGCAACAAUUCGAAUUUCCAGCACUUUCCGAAGAAGAAAAUAUUGCUGAACUUGUAUUAACAGAUUCACAUGGAAAUGUUUAUAUCCUUUUAUAUACAAAUUAUGGAAUUAUUGAAUUCAAAAAUCUUUUCAAAUGGAACGGCGAACAAUUUGAAAGCAUUGAAUUUGCUUUUCCGGAUCCGAUUGAAAUUAAAAAUGAAGAUGAAAAUGGAAAAGGGAAACUCGAAUUUUUUGCGGCUGAUGGUUUUAAUGAUUUGAAUGAAAUUGUGAUUUUCACCAAUGAUGGAAAUUAUAAUAUCAAAAUUUUCGGGGUCGAUAUCAAUUCUUCUUCAAUUCGAUAUAUCACUGAGAUUCCGGCGGAUAAAAAUGGAAGUCUUGGUUUACCAAUUGGUGGAUUUGUAUCAGGGAAUCAAGUUGUGAUAAGUUAUGGAAUGAAAUAUCUUUCGAGAUGGGAAGUUCAACGAUUUUUGUUUAUUGAUUUGGAAUCGAAGGAGAUUAGAGGUUUGAAUUUACAGUUUUUACAUUUUAUAUUAAUCUUUAAAAAAUUAUUUUUUUUUGAAAAUCUCUAAAAUUUUUCAGAUAUCGAUACAAAUGGCGAAUAUGAGGAAUGUCCCCAAAUCACCGAGAAAAAGCCAAUUACAACCUCAAAAAUCGAUCAAAAUUGGUUGACUGCUGGUGGAUAUGGUUCUAAUCCUUUGAGUUUCAUUGGAACUGUUUGGGUUUUGAAAAAUGCGUUGGCUGGGGAAGGAAUUGCGGCGGAUUGGGUGAAAUUGGAAGGAAUUGAAUUGGAAGAGGGAAAUAUUGUGGCUUCGAGAACUAAUAAUCCAGUCAAGAUUUAUUCGGUUAACAAGGAAAAUGUUGUGGAAUAUACUUUGGGAGAUGAAGUUUUUGAGUAG